UCUAAAGCUCUGUCUUUCUGUUGCGAAUUCUUCCGUUUACAAAAGUGCCUUUAUAAAUAGGUCUGCGCUUCUGCAUGAUCCGUGCACCAUCUGGACUUGGCCAAAGUUUCCAGGUGACUUUCCCAGUGCAUUAUGUACACUAUUACCAGAGGUCCCAGCAAAUUGGUUACGCAGCGACGCACCGGUAAUACAGGGCCUACGCAACAACUGGACAACAAAAUAAACGAUUUCAAGCACAAGCAGACUUCAUCGAGCAUGCCUGAUCUUCCAGCACCCAAGAUAGUUUUCAACCGCCUGAAUGGAAAGAAGUACCAUCACCCUGCUCCAGCUCUCAACACUGAUAACCAGCAGCAGGACAGUUUCACCCCCGCACAUGAGGACAACGUUAGGUUUGUCUAUGAAGCCUGGCAAGAAGUGGUGGAUAACUGCUCAACUCAAGCAGCAGAGGUAGCCCAGAUGCCAAUCCAGUACGAGGAGGAAACUCCAAGUCCACACAUGAAGAACUUUGUUCCCAUCGACCUCGAUGAAUGGUGGGCACAGCGUUUCCUCGCCAACAUAGACAAGCUCUCCUGACACUGUUAUGGCAUCUGUGACUCAUGUGACUGAAGAGACAUUCAUGUUCAUGUUGUGUGCCUUUGCCAGGACGUGCUAGAGAUCUGAAUGGUCUUAUGUGGAUCAGAUGUAUGGACAGUGCUGGGUCGCUGAC